CUGCGCAGCCGCAGCCCAGGUGACGAAGAUGGUGCUCAUCAAGGAAUACCGUGUCGUGUUGCCUGUCUCUGUCGAAGAGUAUCAAGUAGGGCAACUGUACUCUGUGGCUGAGGCGAGCAAGAAUGAGACGGGAGGAGGAGAAGGAAUCGAAGUUCUGAAAAAUGAACCGUACGAGAAGGAAGGGGAGAAGGGGCAAUAUACACACAAAAUAUAUCAUCUAAAGAGUAAAGUUCCUGGGUAUGUGAAGAUGAUUGCACCAGAGGGAGCAUUAGUUUUUCACGAAAAAGCUUGGAACGCUUACCCAUACUGCCGCACUAUUGUGACGAACGAGUACAUGAAAGACGACUUCAUGAUAAAGAUCGAGACAUGGCACAAACCCGACAUGGGAACGGUAGAAAAUGUGCAUGACCUGGAUGAGGAGACAUGGAGGACCGUAGACGUGGUGCGCAUAGAUAUUGCAAACAAAGACGAAGUAGCCCCAGGGGAUUACAAGCCAGAAGAAGACCCCUCCCUUUUCCACUCCCCCAAGACGGGCAGAGGACCGCUGGGUCCCGACUGGAAGAACGAGCUGAAGCCAGAUUGUCCUUACAUGUGUGCGUAUAAACUGGUCACUGUCAAGUUCAGAUGGUGGGGUCUGCAGACCAAAGUGGAGAACUUCAUCCACAGGCAAGAAAAGCGAAUUUUCACCAACUUCCAUCGUCAGCUGUUCUGCUGGAUUGACAAAUGGGUUGGUUUGACUAUGGAGGACAUCCGGCGGAUGGAGGAGGAGACCCAGAAAGAACUAGAGGAGAUGCGUCAGAAAGGUGACGUGCGAGGCACCACGGCAACAGACGAGUAGAGGCGCUGCGCUAUAGGUCAGACACUAGAGGCAGGCUGACUGCGUAAAACAGGUCCGAUUCGAGGCACCAGUGCUGCUCACGAGCAGUGAGGCAAAUCAACCAAACCCUGUCAUGAUGAUGUCAUCAGAGACGCGCCCACCCCGCUGAGAAAGUGGCCCCCCGACUUCGCCUCUUCUCGUCCUGUCUCACAUGAUUCAUUGGGGGGUUUGAUGCGAUUGGUUAACAGUACUGUACAGAUCCCAUCCCUGUCACAAGCCUCCUGUUCACUCAGUUCACACACACACACACACACACCCCCACACACACACACACACACACACACACACACACACACACACAGACAAAAGCAUAUAAGAAAAUGUAAGAAAAAAAUGUUUUUGCAUUCAUGUAUAAAAAAAAAAAAAAAAAAUUUGCACAGAACAUAAAAUUGCCUGAUAUGUAAUUGUUAGUUGAUUCUAAUGGGCUUUGUUUUUAUUCAGGUCUGUAAACUAUGACUCCAGAAGCCAAGCCUUUUAAAUUAGAAUGUUGUUUUCUAGCUUCACAGGUCCGCACCACAAAUUCAGUUUAUUUAAGCAGGUGUCGGACCGCUUACCCUGUCUUGUAAUAGAACUGUUUCUACUUUACUUCCCCCUCACCACUGUCCGUUUGCUUCGUUUUGUCCUCAAAGCUCGUUUGUUUUCCGCUCCUCUUCUUCAUCCUGCUGUCCCGUCUGUCUGACAGUUUUCUGGGAAUUCUUUCUCCCACCGUUCGGAAAUCUGAGGCGGUCUUGAUGAUAUCAAACAUUCAGUUUUCCUCCGCAUUCAAAAACGAACAUGUUUUUUUUGUCAAACAGUGGAAUCUGUAUUAUUUUAUUUUAAUUUUUCACCCGUUGCUGCAUGUAGUAGCUGAAGUGCAGCUUCUCUCAGUUCUGCUGCGUUCAGAGUGCAAGGGAGCACCUUCUACUCAUGUCAGCGUGAGCAUUUGUGUGCUUGUCAGUGUUUCUAACUGCCUUCACUCUUAAAGGACUGUCUGGUUUUUUGGGGGUUUUUUUUCUUAAAUUUCAUUUUAUUUUUUGGAGUGGGCUUGAGAUGGAUAGCUUCAAAUCCAGGUUAAACCAGCCUUCUGAACUUUGCCUCACGCUGUCUCUGCAUGGCCUUCUCUCCUACGGCUAGGGCUUUAACCGGACGGCUCGCACAGCCUCCACCACGAAACAAAGCAAAACUAAAGUGUGAGUGUGCGUCGCUGCGUGCAUGAAUCGGGCUCGGGUUUUUGUUUUUUUCUUCUUCUUUUUCAAAUAAAUAUAUGUAUGAUUAUGUAUCCAAAAUCUGAAAUUUCUCAACUGUCAGAAAUGGGUCCAGGUUGAUCUGCCAUGUUUGUUGGGGAUUUUUUUUUUAUUAUUAUUUCCUCCAUUUCAUUCAUGUUUCCAGUAAAUGAGCCUAAAAAAUAUUUUUUAUUCUGAUUUAGGCUCAGUUUGAAAGUCUUUGGAAUAUUUGGAAGCGAUCCUGUUCGCUUCCUUGGCUACGUUACGGGAGAUUUUUACAUCGGCAGGUUGGGGUUUAGAAGUUUGUUUUUUGUUUGUUUGGUUGUGUUUUUUUUUUUAGUAUCAUUAUUUUUAUUACAACUUUGAGCUUGGGGUAAAAAUGUAGUUAGUGCUGUGGCUUUAAGGCUGUCGAUCUGGUCUGAGUGUCUAAAAUUGAGUUUUGUCACAAAGUUACAUGAAAGCUUGACUGUAAGCGUGCUCUUUAUGAAAUCCGAGGACAAAGCGGACAAACUGUAGAUAUGAGCGCCACUGGGCUAUUGGCAUCGUCAAGUUUAUUCAUUUACAAUAUCGCUCUGAUUCCUUAACGGCAGGUAAUCUCAGCCCUGUGUGUGAAGCAGAGCCGACUGUACCUCAUCCAUGCUUAUGAAUGUGUAGCUCUACGUGCAUAAGAGGGACAGAUGUCAAUAUCACCAGUACAUGAGGACAAAUGGUUUGACAAAAGCUUGAUUUGUAUGUCCAGUUUUCAUUUUUUAUUUUUUAUUUUUAUUAUUUUAAAACACUUUAUUUUCGCCAACUGUUUUUGCGAGUUUCGCGACCCGCGUCAAACGAGGUGAACAGUUAAAGGGGCGGACGUCCCCUCACAAUCAGACUCUCCCCAGCUGGACCUCUGAUUUACGAGAGGAGGAGUGAAAAGCCCGGGAGUCUGGUCAUGAUGGGAGCGGAACCAGCGGAGUUAUCCCGGCCAACGGAUACUGUAAGGAGGAAAGGGCUUGGAGCAUAUACGGGGAAAAAAAAGAAAAGAAAAA